UAUGCUAUUUUGCGCAAACGGAAGUGAUUCAAUGCGCAUGUAUGCAAAAGCGAAAGUGAAUGUGUUUAUGUUGGGAAAGCAGGUUAACAAAUUUUAGUAAUUUUACAUGACCUGGUGAUAUAAGAUAUAAUCUACGUAAAUAAAGAAAAUGGCUGGACAGUUGACUGAUAAGUACAUGGAUCAGCUGGAGUCCUGGAUUGGCACGGGGCAAAAGAUCUUCACCCUGCUGUACAAGAUAACCAGGGACAGGUGUAACGCUACAACAUUUCACCAGAAGUGUGACAACAAGGGGCCCACUGUGACGGUUCUGUACAACCAACAAGGCUCGGUGUAUGGGGGAUAUGCUAGUUCAAACUGGACCAGCAGCACUGGCGCAUAUAUAGCAGAUUCAAACGCGUUUCUGUAUCAACUGAAGUAUUCCGGCAGCGACACAUUCACAAAGUUUUCAGUAACGAAGGCAGACACUGCAAUGUAUGCACUAUCUUGUCACGGACCUAUAUUCGGCGGUGGACACGAUCUUAUUGCAUUCAGCGGCACAGUGAACAGCUCUGGUGGAUAUUUCGCUUUAAACGGCUCAAUGAGUUUUGGACACAGCUUUAACAAUCAAGGUCUUACUGCCGACAAAAUAACCAAUGGAAACUUCAAUGUGACCGAGUUAGAAGUUUACAGUGUAACAGAUGGGCAGCGGAGAAAGACUCCACCACAACCUUGGAGAAAAACUCCUGAAUGGAAUAAAAAGUAUCUAGAGACGCUUACCGAGGACAUUGUAUCGUUCAAACCUUCCGGAAAGCUUGGACUCUCAGAUGUCCGUAUCCUGAUGCUGGGUCCAGUGGGGACGGGCAAGUCGAGCUUCUAUAACACCAUCAACUCCGUCUUUAAGGGCCGUAUCUCUCAAAGUGCCCCAUGUGGGGUCGCUACCAAUGGCAUUUCAAUUGCGUACAUCCCAUAUGAAGUAAAUGUGAGUUCUGGAGAAUCGUUAAAAUUCCGGCUUUGUGACACACGUGGUCUAGAAGUCACUCAAAGUCUUGACAUUCUUGAGUGCAACUACCUGCUAGAUGGGAACAUCCCAGAUUAUUUUCAGUUUAACCCAGUCGCUCCAAUCAUCCCCGAUAACCCCCUGUUCGUGCAUCAACCAAAGUGUACAGAAAAGAUCCACUGCGUUCUGUUUGUGAUAGACGCUGCCACGAUUGGCGACAUACCACAGAAAAUGGUCGACAAAAUGCAAAACUUCCAAAAACUUAUCAAUCUUAAAGGCAUUCCCCAAGCCGUUCUCCUCACCAAAGUCGACCUGGCCUGUCAAGAUGUGGCCAGUAACAUUAACAACGUUUUCACCAGCAAGACAAUUGAGGCCGCUGUAGACAAAGCAUCUAACGUUCUUGGGUUGCCUAGAAACCGCAUACUUCCGGUGAAGAACUACGAGAAUGAGAUGGAGCUUGAUGACAACAUCAGCAUUCUGGCGUUGCUGUCACUUCGUCAACUGCUGUUCUAUGCAGAGGAUUAUCUACAGGUCCUUUCGAUUAAGAUGAAAGCGCUCAAUGUCACCAGUGAGAGGCCGGACAAACGGGAAUCAUUAGAAAAAGGCAGUGAUCAAGAAUAAUACAUAAGACACCGCUUUGCUUUUUUUACUGAUUUAAAUGUGUAUACCUUGUGAAUUAAACUAGUAAAUCAGAAAUUUACUUUUAGGUUUAAUAAUGUUAAACAUUGUUUAUAUUGGUGAAGACUUCGAGUGAUACAUUUUUUAUUUCUAUAAACAUAUGGUAUAAAUGUCUGAUAUAUAUCGGUAUAUAAACAAAGCAACGAGUUA